AUGCCGGAAGGUCUUCGUAGAGGAGGGCCGCAGGAGCCAGGAGCGCUGCUGACGCGCUUCGGAUGGGUGCUGUUGGGCGCCAUUGGGACCUGCCACAUCACGAAUCCCGUGUCGUCGUUGCAAUGUACCACAAUAGAGGACCUUGCCGAGCUGGUGCGUCGUUUUUGGGAAACGGAGGAGCCUCCCCGUGCCGUCCUUCCGCUGACCGCUGACGAGCAGGAGUGCGAGGACCACUUCUUGCGCACCCAUCAACGACUAUCAGACGGCCGCUAUCAGGUGCGGCUCCCGCUGCGAUCGAGGUUGCCGGACCUAAGCUCCACCCGUCGCGCCGCAUCACGUCUCCUCGACGUCAUGAGGCGUCGCUUCGACCGCGACAACAACUUCGGGGUGCUGUACCGCGACUUCAUGCGCGAGUACAUCACCCUCGGGCAUAUGACGCUCGUUGCCUCCACUGUGGCUUCACCAGGUGAUCGGAUCAAUUUCUUGCCGCAUCAUGGGGUGCUGCGGACUUCGGCUGCCGGUUCCAAGAUUCGCGUCGUCUUCAACGGAUCAGCUCGCACGUGCGCCGGGGCGUCUCUCAACGGUGUGCUGCACUCUGGACCUAACUUGCUGCCGUCUCUCGCUGAUGUCUUGACUCGAUGGCGGCGGCACCGGUACGUCUUCAUGGCCGACGUUCAAAUGAUGUACCGGCAAAUUCAGCUUCAUCCGGACGAUCGAGACCUACAACAGAUCCUGUGGGCAGAGAACAACGGGGUCAGCGAGUACCGGCUAAAUACGGUCACGUAUGGCUUGGCGAGCGCACCAUACCUCGCCAUACGAGUGCUGCGGCAGCUUGCGUCAGACGAAGCCAACCGUUUCCCGCUCGGUGCCGACGUCCUGCAGCAUGACGUGUAUGUGGACGACAUACUCACCGGAGCUGCUGACCUGGACUAUGCUUGUUGCCUCCUGGGACAAGUGACCUCGCUCUGCAUGGCGGGCGGCUUUCCGCUGAGAAAGUGGGCCUCUAACGAUAACCGCCUCCUGGAGUUCAUCCCUGUCGAGCAUCAACUAGGCACGACGACCGGCGCGAGGUUAUCUGCAGACGAGCAUUCGGUGCUGGGUCUUUGCUGGAAUCCGCACGAAGACACCUUCUCGUUGUCUGUCCGGCUGACUCCAUCGGCCCCACCUACCAAGCGGACCGUGCUGGCGCAGACCGCUCGCCUGUUCGACCCGCUGGGCUGGCUAGCACCAAUCCUCUUCGAGUGGGACGCACCGCUAUCACGCGAGGACACCGUCGCAUGGACAGCCCUCGAGGAGGAAUUGCCGGUGCUGGAAAAGAUCAGACUGCCACGUUGGCUGCACAGCAACACUCCACGCAGCCCCGUGGAGCUCCACGGCUUCUCGGAUGCCUCCGAACGGGCUUACGCUGCUGUGGUCUACAGCAGGGUGGAGGAUGGCGGACUGCCCCGCAUCAACCUGGUGGUCGCCAAGAGCAGAGUGGCCCCGUUGAAGCGUGUAUCGCUGCCGAGACUAGAACUCUGCGGAGCGGCUCUGCUGUCAAAGCUAGCAGAACAUGUGCGGCUCUCCUUGGGUCUGGAGAGGUCGGCGGUCACCCUCUGGACGGAUUCUACGGUGACACUUGGCUGGAUACGCGGACACCCUGCAAAGUGGAAUACGUACGUAGCCAACCGCGUCGCUGAAAUUCACCGCGACAACCAGGAUGCAAGAUGGCGGCACGUACCUGUCGCUACACAAGGAGACCCGCAGACUGUGCCUCCCGAGGGUUUCACCGAAGGAGCUCCUGGAACAUCAUCUAUGGUGGCGAGGGCCGGAAUAUCUCCGCCAUCACGCGGACUUUUUGGCCGAAGGACGUCAAGCUCUUGGAGACGGCCGACUUACCGAAGCAGAGACCGUUCCGAUGCCAUGCAGCCCGAGGAACGAGAAGCUGAGGAGCUCUGCCGCUUUUCCUGCCUUCGUCGCCUGCUUCGCGUGUCCGCCUGGAUCUGGCGCUGGAGGGCACGAGGGCGUCACUCAGCAGACAGCGAAGCUGUGUCGGCCUCCUUGGAACCUGAGGAGCUGGAGGCCGCUCUAUCUAAAUGGAUCCAGGUAGCUCAGGAGUCGAGCUACCAUGCCGAGCUGCAAAACGUCCGUGCUGAAAGGACGCUGCCUGCCCGAGCUCACUCCGCAAGCUGGUUCCCAUAUUGGACGACGAGGGCAACCCUGCGAGUCAGCGGGCGUCUGAAACACGCAAUUUUGGAUGCCGAUCAACGUCAUCCUGCCAUCCUACCGCCGCAGUCUCACCUGACGCACCUGGUGGUUGACGCCGCCCACAGGCGAACACUUCACGGCGGAGUCCAGGCCACCUUGGCUCAUAUCAGGCAGCGUUUUUGGAUUUCGCGAGGACGUCAAGUGGUUCGCAGCCACAUUCACAGUUGCCCCCCAUGCAUCCGAUGGCGGGCGGCCACUCCACGGCCGAAGAUGGGCGACCUGCCAAGCGCGCGUCACUCCGAGCCGCCAUUUCAGCACACCGGCGUGGACCUCGCCGGCCCGGUGUGGCUUCGAACGACGAGAGGCCGAGGACACAAGGCCUACAAGGUUUUUUGGUGGUAUUCGUUUGUUUUAGCUCCCGCGCCGUACAUCUUGAAGCUGUCAGCGACUACACCGCCGAGGCCUUCUUAG